AUGGACGUUCAAUACGAUCCACCCAUGCGCAAUCCCGACUUCGAAGUCGACUGGGAGCCGGAUGACCCAGAAAAUCCUCGAAAUUGGUCCAUUUGGUAUCGAAGUUUUAUUGUUGGCGCUGUUUCUUUCUCCACCACCUGCGUAAUCCUGUAUUCUACAUCAUACACUUCCGGAGUACCUGGCAUCCAGAAAGAGUUUGGCAUUGAGUCUCGGACGAUGGUCCUCCUUGGGUUGACGACCUACCUACUGGGACUGGCUGCGGGCUGUCUGAUUUUGGCUCCCCUAUCAGAGAUGUACGGACGCCGCCUUAUCUACCUAGUCACAACUGCUCUUUUUGCAGUGUUAAUGAUACCCGUGGCACUGGCACCCAACCUGGCGGCUGUUUUAGUCAGCCGUGUAUUUAGUGGAUUUUUCGGGAGUGCAACGAUUGCAAGCGCCCCUGGCACAGUGAAUGACGUCGUCAGUGAGAAGCACCGUGCUCUGGCAUUUAGUCUGUGGAGCUUGGGGGCUAUGAAUGGGCCUGUACUAGGCCCCAUCAUCGGCGGUUUCGUAUACCAGUAUCUCGGUUGGCGAUGGACCAAUUGGGUUGUCCUCGUCUGUGCCGGAGUAAGCCUCGUCGCUUUGGCGUUUUCUAAAGAAACUUAUGCACCGGCAAUCCUGCGGGCCAAGACACAGAAAAAGCAGAAAGAGACGGAAGACCUCCGGUGGUGGAGCCGACAUGACACUAGCCACAACGGUUGGAAACUCCUUCGAAUGAACCUAGCACGGCCCUUUUCCAUGGCCGUCUUCGAGCCUAUAUGCCUCUUCUGGAAUCUCUACGUAGGUGUUGUGUACGCGGUGUUGUUCCUCUGUUUUGUUGGAUACCCGAUCGUCUUCGAAGAGGAACGAGGCUGGUCUCCCGGGCUGGCAGGGCUGGGAUACUGCGGGAUCGGCGUUGGCGUUGUGCUGGCGGUAUUGGCAGAGCCCUUGAUGCGCACGCUGAUCAAUCUACACCCGCGGGACCCUUUGACUGGACAGAUCUCGCCAGAAGCGUCUGUCAGCCCGGUCUGCAUCGGGAGCAUAUUGAUCCCCAUCGGCGAAAUUUGGUUUUCGUGGACGGCGCGGCCGUCAAUCCACUGGAUUUGGCCGAUCCUAGCUGGGGUGCCGUUUGGUCUGGGAAAUGGGCUGGUAUUCAUCUAUGCUACCAAUUACCUUGCCGGAAGCUACACAAUUUAUGCCGCGUCGGCUCUGGCCGGGAACUCAAUGGUGCGGUACAUAUUUGGGGGAGUUUUGCCCUUGGCUGGAUCUCAGAUGUAUCACCGAAGGGGAUCUGAGUACUCGGGGACCAUGCUGGCGCUGCUGGAAAUCGCUCUCAUUCCAAUUCCGCUGGUUUUCUACCGAUAUGGAUGGAAGAUUCGCCAACGCAGUCCAAUAAUUUCGAGGAGAGAACGAGAUCGACUAAUGUAG